GCGCGCUUGUUUCUGUAUUGAUUUCACAGGCGGCCUGAUUCUCUCCCAAUCGACCCGUCUUCUGUCCCGUCUUUUAGUGCGCUGGAACCGAGCUCUCUCCAGUAAAAAAAGUUAAUUUCCAACUAGAACUGUUCUCUGUGUGCGGUGCGGUGUUCGAGAACGACGCGAAAAUACUCUUCAGUGCAAGAUCAGGAUGGCCGGACAAACGAUAAAUGAUCGCCUUUUGGCUGCAAAGCAUAGCAUAGCAGGCCAGGGCUUAGCUAAAUCUGUUUGCAAAGCCACCACCGAGGAGCUGCUGGGCCCCAAGAAGAAGCAUCUGGAUUAUUUGAUCCAUUGCACGAAUGAACCUAAUGUUUCCAUUCCGCAGAUGGCCAACCUUCUUAUGGAGCGAUCACAGAGUACCAGUUGGGUGGUGGUUUAUAAAGCUUUGAUCACCACCCACCACAUUAUGUGCUAUGGAAAUGAGAGAUUUACCCAGUAUCUGGCUUCAAGUAAUGUAUCAUUCCAAUUAUCAAAUUUUGUGGAUAAAACUGGGGUCCAGAGUGCAGUUGGUGCCAGAACGGGGUAUGACAUGUCACCAUUCAUAAGGCGCUAUGCUAGAUACUUGAAUGAGAAGGCUCUCUCAUACAGAGCAGUUGCAUUUGAUUUUUGCAAAGUGAAGAGGGCCAAGGAUGAGGGAUCUGUCCGCACCAUGAAUUCCGAGAACUUGCUUAAGACACUCCCCAUACUGCAGACUCAACUAGAUGCAUUGUUGGAAUUUGAUUGCACAUCAAAUGAUUUAUCAAAUGGUGUUAUUAGUAUGUGCUUUAUUUUGCUUUUUAGGGAUCUCAUCAGAUUGUUUGCUUGUUACAAUGAUGGAUUCAUAAAUUUGCUUGAGAAGUACUUUGAGAUGAACAAGAAGCAGUGCAGGGAGGCGUUGGAUCUAUACAAGAAAUUUCUUAUCAGGAUGGAUCGCGUCGGAGAAUUUCUGAAAGUCGCCGAGAAUAUUGGGAUUGAUAAAGGGGAUAUUCCCGAUCUGACGAAAGCCCCGAACAGCUUAUUAGAUACUCUGGAGGCGCAUUUGGCGUCUCUGGAAGGCAACACCCCUACUUCGGCAAGCAAUCAGAAGAGCUUGAAGUCCGGCGUUUCGGUGCUUUCCACCACCAGCAACUCUUUUGCUGCCAGCAGCCAAAUUGAUGAUACUGUGAAGUUUGCUGUUGCAGAGGAGGAGGCGGCACUUAAUCAAUACAAAGCUAGUGUUGGUAGUCCAGCUUCUACUAAUCCAUUCUUGAGUUCUCCUCAGAGACCUGCACCGCCUCAACCGCAGCAGCAGCAGGCGUCGAACCAGGCUAUUCUGGAUCUGUUCUCUGAACCAGCGGAGCCGGCCCAACAGCAAACACAGCAACCGCAGACAAGUGCUUUGGACGAUCUCCUUGGAUUAGGGAAUCCGUUCACAGAUAUGUUCUCUGCCACUCCAGCAACGACAGCGACAAAUGGUAAUAUGUUCACAGCUCAGCAACCUGACUUAUGGGCAAAUGGUUUCUCGCCAGCCCCUCAACAACCACAACAACAGCCACAAGCAUUUCCUCCAACAACUUUUCCAUCUAAUCCGCAGCCAAUAACUGGCAGCGUUUUCAACAGCAAUGAGCCUUCCGUCUUUGACCCAAUUUCCACUCAGGCUCCUCCGAUCGCCGUGCCUCAACCCCAGAAGCAGCAGCCCGCCAAAUUGCUAACGGGCGAUCUGGAAACAAGUCUCUCCUCUCUAGUCGAUAACCUAACCAUGGAUACGAGUAAAACUCAGUGGAAUUCGCCGAAGAACCAACCGAAAAUGGCCGGUUGGCAGCCGCAACCCAUGGCAGCAACCACCGGUGCCACUUACCGACCAAUGGGCCAGGCCAUGCCUCAGCAGUACCAGGGUAUGCAGCCCAUGGGCAGUCCACGUAUGGCCACGGUGCAGGCUCAGCCAAAGCAAGAGGCCAAUUUUGAUCCCUUCGGCGAUCUGUAGUUAAAUUCAACUGUAAAUAACUAAGUUUGUGCAAUCCAUAAUUUAUUUCCAUUUAUUUCGUAUGGUAUAGCUUUACAGAUCGAGUUUUCCUUUGCUAAAUGAUAUUAAGUGAUGCACCUAAUGUUAUUAGAGUCUUAAGUAGCAAACAAUAUAUAGUUGUAGAUAUAAUUGCGAAAUCAUUAAGAAUGAAGAAUACAAAACAGAAAUAUGCAUUCCAUAUAUAUCUAUGUAUAAAAAAAACAAACAAAAAGGGAAAAACAAAAAAAGGCUCAUUAUUUUUCUACUUAUUAGGAGGCUAGUCCUUUUGAAAAUUGAUUUACUCCACACAUAGUGAUAUCUCUAUUAUGACAAGAAUAUUGUUCCUCUCUUUAUUACUGUAUUUAUUAAUUAAUUUAUUAUUUAUGAUUUAUUUAUUAUUUAAAAUAAAAUCAUUCCAGUAUUAUGCAUAUAACGAGUAACGAGUUAAAUAACCUACACUCCCCCCUCAUGUGUAUAUGAUUAAUAUUGCUGAUCGUAGUUCAUGUCGAAACGAACGAUACGUUGAUUUUGUAUAUAUAUUUAUUAUUAUUAUGAUCUGAUGAGCGUGUAAACAACGCACGCAAACAAAACAUAAAUAUUAUUAGCACUAUCUGGAAUUAGGGUGUAACUGUUGCAUAAAUGUAUGAUGAUAGAGUUGCCUCACAAAAUGGGUAAUAUCUUCCGGGGCCGGUAGAUUGUAGAAACAUGAGAUGAGAUGUAAUCAAUAUGUGACAAUAUAUUAUUAUAUAUACCUAAUAUAAAAAGGAAGAAAUCAUUGAAUGAAACGACGUUUCUGAACGGACACGCGAUACCCAAACGAAAAACGAAUCAUUGCUGUUAAAUGUAAAAAAAAUAAAAAUAAAUUAUGCUUAUGUGUUAAACUCUGUA